AUGCUGCGAGUGUUGAUGGCAUCUGGAGAAGAGCUGGCUGCCAUUCCUGCAGAGCAGUUGACGACGGCAGGGAUGCUGAAGUGCGAGCUGCAUAGGCUCUCGGGCAUCCCGCGAUUUCGGCAGAGAUUGGUUCAAGAAAGUGGGACUUGCUUGGAGGAGGAUGCCGAGCUGGAGGCAAUGACUUUGCAGUUGGUUGUGUUACCUUUUGCAAGCGCAUCAGAGCUAGAAAUGGACGAGAUCAUAGGGGCUGCUGCAAGUGGCGCCACGUCGAAGGUACAAGAGUUUCUGCAAAAGCAGAUUGACCCGAACUUCCUUGGUUACAAUGAUGAAGGUGUCUUUGUUACACCACUCGUUGCGGCAUGUGAGAAAGGCCACACGGAAGUUGCAGAGUUGUUGCUACAAGCCGGUGCUGAAAAGGAGUCUUGCGACACUGGCGCUGAAAACGAGCAAUACAAAAUUGCAUGCAAGAUAUCCCACAUGAACGACAAAAAGCUCGCGAGCAAAAUGCUGGAAGGCUUCGAGGACUUUGCACGAGGCAAGACGCCUCUCUGGGUGGCUUCUGAGAGAGGCCACGCUGGAGUUCUACGUUUGCUUCUGGAGGCUCGGGCCGACAAAGACUGCCAAAACACCUUUGGACAAUCGCCUCUUUGGAUCGCAUCAAGAAAUGGCCAUGUGGAUAUCGUGUGCUUGCUUCUGGAGGCACGGGCGGAGAAGGAUCGUGCGGACAGCGUGCUGGGCGAUACGCCCUUGAGACAAGCCGUCGCGAAAGGCCAUGCGCAGAUCGCGAGCUUGCUCUUGCUGGGCUAG